UUUCCAUAGGUGAUUUCCAUGGUAAUGGUGGCAGUGGGUGUCUAUGCCCGGCUGAUGAAGCAUGCAGAAGCAGCCUUGGCCUGCUUGGCUGUGGACCCUGCCAUCCUGCUGAUCGUGGUGGGUGUACUCAUGUUCCUUCUCACCUUCUGCGGCUGCAUUGGAUCCCUCCGCGAGAACAUCUGCCUCCUGCAGACGUUCUCACUCUGCCUCACCAUCGUGUUCCUGCUGCAGCUGGCUGCUGGCGUCCUGGGCUUCGUCUUCUCAGACAAGGUAGCUUUGGGAGCCUAG